AUAAAUUGAAAAGAUCGCGUUUGACGUCGUAAACGUGUUAGAUUUCUCUUUCUCACCAUUCCAUUAACCCCGGCAUGAACUUGCUCCUUUUCAGUCGGAUAUUUCUCCAGACACCUUCCCUAAUUCAUCGUAUUAUAACCGCGAGGCUACGUUGAGUACGUCGCAUAAGUUCGUGUUAUUUCUGAAAAGUAAAAUACAUUGAAAUCGUGCAUAAACAGAUAUCCAACGGGAAAAUGUUCGGUACAAUCGUGCCCAUCGCCAACAAAUCCAGGUGAAACUGUCACCACGGUACCGAAGUGCACAACGUGGUGUGGCUGGCAGUAGCCGUCGUUUGUUAUCAAACAGCGAGGCCGCGAGGGCGAUGGCGGAGGCGCCGCCCGGGAACAUCGUGAAGGAGGGUUGGCUGCAGAAGCGCGGAGAGCACAUCCGUAACUGGCGCGACCGCUACUUCAUCCUAUUCGACAAUGGCGACCUGGUGGGCUUCAAGACGCAGCCCGAGCGGAACAACUACCGCGACCCCCUCAACAAGUUCACGGUGCGUGACUGCCAGAUCAUGGCCGUGGACAAGCCGCGGCCCUACACCUUCACCAUCCGCGGCCUGCAGUGGACCACCGUCAUCGAGCGCAACUUCUCCGUCGACACGGAGAAGGAACGCGAGGAGUGGGUGGCGGCCAUCCGCUUCGUGUCGGGGCAGCUGAGCGCGGGCGGCGCGGGCGCGGGCGCGGCGGCGGCGCCCGUCGACGCCGAGGACCACGACAUCGCGCAGCUCGGCACCAGCUUCCGCGACCCCCGCCGCAUCACGCUGGAGAAGUUCGAGUUCGUGAAGGUGCUGGGCAAAGGCACCUUCGGCAAGGUGGUGCUGUCGCGCGAGAAGGGCACGGGCAAGCUCUACGCCAUGAAGAUCCUCAAGAAGAACCUCAUCAUCCAGAAGGACGAGGUGGCGCACACCAUCACCGAGAACCGCGUGCUCAAGAAGACCAAGCACCCCUUCCUCACGGCGCUGCGCUACUCGUUCCAGACAGUGGACCGCGUGUGCUUCGUGAUGGAGUACGCCAACGGCGGCGAGCUGUUCUUCCACCUGUCCCGCGAGCGCUCCUUCAGCGAGGAGCGCACGCGCUUCUACGGCGCCGAGAUCGUGUCGGCGCUGGGCUACCUGCACGCCGAGGGCAUCAUCUACCGCGACCUCAAGCUCGAGAACCUGCUGCUCGACAAGGACGGCCACAUCAAGAUCGCCGACUUCGGCCUCUGCAAGGUCAACAUCACGUACGGGCGCACCACCAAGACCUUCUGCGGCACGCCCGAGUACCUGGCGCCCGAGGUGCUGGAGGACACGGACUACGGGCCCGCCGUCGACUGGUGGGGCGUGGGCGUGGUGAUGUACGAGAUGGCGUGCGGCCGCCUGCCUUUCUACAACCGCGACCACGACGUGCUGUUCUCGCUGAUCAUGAACGAGGAGGUGCGGUUCCCGCGCGCGCUGUCGGCGGCCUGCCGCUGCGUGCUGGCCGGGCUGCUGACCAAGGAGCCGGCCAAGCGGCUGGGCGCCGGGCCCGACGACGCGCUCGAGGUCAUGCACCACCCCUUCUUCGCCUCCAUCAACUGGGCCGACCUCGUCGCCAAGAAGUGCCCGCCGCCCUUCAAGCCGCAGGUGGAGUCGGAGACCGACACGCGCUACUUCGACUCCGAGUUCACGGGCGAGUCCGUCGAGCUCACGCCGCCCGAGCGCCCCGACCACCUCGCGCGCAUACAGGAGGAGCACUUCCCGCAGUUCUCGUACCAGGUGAGUGCCCGCCGCCCUUCAAGCCGCAGGUGGAGUCGGAGACCGACACGCGCUACUUCGACUCCGAGUUCACGGGCGAGUCCGUCGAGCUCACGCCGCCCGAGCGCCCCGACCACCUCGCGCGCAUACAGGAGGAGCACUUCCCGCAGUUCUCGUACCAGGUGAGUGCCCGCCGCCCUUCAAGCCGCAGGUGGAGUCGGAGACCGACACGCGCUACUUCGACUCCGAGUUCACGGGCGAGUCCGUCGAGCUCACGCCGCCCGAGCGCCCCGACCACCUCGCGCGCAUACAGGAGGAGCACUUCCCGCAGUUCUCGUACCAGGUGAGUGCCCGCCGCCCUUCAAGCCGCAGGUGGAGUCGGAGACCGACACGCGCUACUUCGACUCCGAGUUCACGGGCGAGUCCGUCGAGCUCACGCCGCCCGAGCGCCCCGACCACCUCGCGCGCAUACAGGAGGAGCACUUCCCGCAGUUCUCGUACCAGGUGAGUGCCCGCCGCCCUUCAAGCCGCAGGUGGAGUCGGAGACCGACACGCGCUACUUCGACUCCGAGUUCACGGGCGAGUCCGUCGAGCUCACGCCGCCCGAGCGCCCCGACCACCUCGCGCGCAUACAGGAGGAGCACUUCCCGCAGUUCUCGUACCAGGUGAGUGCCCGCCGCCCUUCAAGCCGCAGGUGGAGUCGGAGACCGACACGCGCUACUUCGACUCCGAGUUCACGGGCGAGUCCGUCGAGCUCACGCCGCCCGAGCGCCCCGACCACCUCGCGCGCAUACAGGAGGAGCACUUCCCGCAGUUCUCGUACCAGGUGAGUGCCCGCCGCCCUUCAAGCCGCAGGUGGAGUCGGAGACCGACACGCGCUACUUCGACUCCGAGUUCACGGGCGAGUCCGUCGAGCUCACGCCGCCCGAGCGCCCCGACCACCUCGCGCGCAUACAGGAGGAGCACUUCCCGCAGUUCUCGUACCA